AUGAGCGACGAUGAGGCGGAUCCUGAGCUACUGCAGCUCCUCCGCCAGAGCUUGGGCAUCCCUUCCAACCGCUCGGACGAAGUGUCAAGCCAGACAGGCGUGCUGGCAGAUGCGGAACACAUCUACAGUGAUGCCAUUGACGUUUCGAUUGACAUGUAUGGCACCAAGUCUGCAGCUUCAAACAUCUGGAAGAUGAUGCAGGAACGAGCCUAUUCUACCGAAGCCUGGAGUCAGGUGGAACUUCACCCAAAAGCGGGCGAAGGCUUUUCAGAACUUGACACGAUCAACUUCAUCUUCACUAUGGACCUUCUCAACUUCUCUUUCUGGUCCAAGCUAUCAGAUGACCAGCGCUUCCAGGUUGACUACAAGGGGAGACGGUGGACGGGGUACAACAGCCUACUGGCCUGCCUGCAUCGAGCACUAGACGAAGGCAUCCCAAUUACCACACCGCGAUACUGGCGGAGCUCGCAAGCUUCUGACGAGGCUUUCAAGCAUGUCUUUAGAAGUGCCACUAGCGAGGAUAUCCCGUUGCUGAGUGAGCGCAUCGCUGUCCUGCGUGAGGCAGCCGAUGUUCUGCACAAGAGCUUCGGUGGACCCGAAGAUGUACCAGAGAUGGUGGUGGAGGCUGUUCUCACCAGCUGCCCUGACCUAUCUGUCAAUCGCACUCAUCCAGGCCAAGCGCACCGUGUCGGAGGAGCUCACGGAAAGGAAGCGACCGAACGCUUGGAAAUAGCCAGCGAGCAGCAGCACGACGCUUUUUUUGCUGCCGACUUUGAUUAUGAACGACUGUCUCAUGUCAGUGUAAAGGCAGACCAAACAACUACCGUCGUUACCAUGCCGGUGCUAGACAACGACAUUCCAAUGCAGUCCAUAGCAGACCCGGAGGAGGUCGUUGUUCACCAGUCUGCAGUCGAAGCUGCAGCAUUGCCGAUCAAUCAAGAUGGGGCUCAAAGUGAUCGACAGAGCAAGAAUGCCGAGUCUUUCAGUCGAGACCAGUCAGUUCUAUGCCUAAUUGACAAGGCCGAUCGUUCAGCCGGCAAGUUGGUGAAUCUGCUUGCCAGACAUUUUGCAUGCUUCUGCGACGAGACCCAAUUUCAUGGCCGGAAAGUACGCUUCUUCAAACGAGCGCAGAUUUUCGGUGCAGACCUUUGGGCCGCAUUCAAUGGUGCAGGUUAUGGCGAGUUUCAAGACAUAGAUACCUUGACGAUGUUUGCAGACUACCGGGUACCACAAAUGCUGUAUACUCUCGGCGUGCUGUCGUACAGUCCGUCGUUACUCUACCACAUCCGCGACGGGAAGCAAAUCCCGCCUGGGCACAGCUGGGAAGUUCAGCUUCGAGGCUGUAGCAUUUGGGCGGUAGAGCUCAUUCGUUGCGAGAUCCUACGCUUGCAACCCCAGGCGGCAGUGAACGCGGUGUUGAUAGACUUCUUUUUGUACGAUCUCACCAAAGAGCGCGAGCGAACGGAGGGCCAAUUGAGCAUACCGCACCACCGAACGAGGAGUAUUUGGUACUGA